GACUUGUAAGUUAUAGUGUUUGUACGAUUGCAUUACGUGUUAUGUACCUGCUUAUUGUGCUUACUUACUAAAUGUUAUGUUUGAAUAACCGAAUUUCUAAUGGUUUAAAUAUUAAAGAUUGAUCUGUAGUAUGCAGGCAAUGAAAUGCCCCUGUUGUUAAGUUAGUUGUCGACUGUGAAAUUUUAUUGCCAUCAAAAUGUUUGAAUCCACUUCGUUGAUAGUUUACACACUUUUCUGCAUUGUCGCUUCGGUUUGUUUCGUGUCCAGGACCAUCGAAUUUGUGGCCAAUGGUCUAACCGUUGAGAAUUUGCUCAGAACUGUCAUCAUUAAGGAGUACGAUAAUUUCGUAUUGCAUCACAUCCAGCGUACAUCGUUUAGUAUUAUCGUGUACUCAAGCCUACCAUUAGGUUUGUUUAAAAUAUCUUUUUAUACUUCCUUUGAAUUAUAAACAAUGUAUUCUUUGUAUUCCAGUUUAUUUACUGGGAACGCUGUUUGUCAAUAAUAGUGAAAAAUCAUUCGUGUACGUGUACUUUGAUGUGCUGUGUUUACUGUUUCUGGUACCAAUUGGCAUUUCUGUUUCAGUAGUGUAUAAUUGGAAAUCUAAUGAUUGGGCUAAUCAUCCAUUAAGAAUUGUUUUAAAUCAUUACGAUCCUGCCGAUUGGACUAUCCCAGCUCAUAACAUUACUACUGAAUUUCGAUCGUAUGUGUUUUUUCUAAUUUUUACUAGGUACCCAUAAUAUGCUUGAUAGUUUACAAAUUAAUAUUUAUUUUUAUUAUCUGUUAAAGUAUUGAAAAAUUAACCCUAACUUGUGGUACAUUGAAAAAAACUGUUGUUACUCAAAACUGGAUUAUUUCGAUUGAUCAAUUUAAUGUUUCGGUCGCUAAGAAAUCAGAAAGUUUAUUUACAGUAUACAGUUCAGAUAUAUUUGAUAAUGUACCUGAUGGCACCCCUGGCGCUGUACAAUUUAUUAACAUUGAAGUAACAGCUCUUCGAUCUCGAAUCAAACCUUUUUCCGUAAGGUAAUAAUUUAAACCUAAACACUUUAUAUAAACUCUUAAAGAAAUGUAUAAAUAUUCUUUGAAUAGGAUUAGGUCAGAGGACUUCCAGACACUAGAGGAACAUAUUGGGCACCCUAUACAGAUUUCAGAUAAUGUUAAGUUACAGCGCUCAAGAACUGAACGUUUCCUUGAAGUAUUCCGUGAACAGGUUUCCCAAAAUCCAGUAUAUAGGGGUUAUACUGCAGCAGAAGUAUGUUUAAAUAAUUGUACUGUCAUUUUGUCUUAGUUUAUACACAUUUUCUAGUCCUUACUAAUAAUUUUAAAUUUAAUAGGUACAUAGGUAUCAUUACUAUAUAUAUCAGUUGUAUUAUUUUAUUUUAAUUUAAGUAAUUUAAAAAAUUUAACUUGGUUAAAUAUAACAAAUUUAACUUUAAAUUUACUUACUCACCAACUAGAUUGAAAUUUCAACAAAAAAGUUCUCUUGUUUUUCUAUUAGAGAAAUAUUUUUGGUAGAAAGCAUAUAAAUUUAACUAGAUAACAUUUUCUUUCAGGAAAGGUGCUACACUUGAUACAUCAAAGCAGCAAGUUUUCUGUUUGAAAAAUUGCUAACAAACCAAAAAAAAUACAUAUUUAAAACUAAUAGGUCUCUCGCUACACUCUGAAUCUUAAAACUGUUAUUAUUAUUGUUGCCACAGACAAUGAAGCACCCAUAUUCUACACAAAUUAUAUUACUGGACAACAAUAAUUACUUAGCUAUGGAUAAAUUGGGAUGCAGAUAAGAGUAAAAACAAAAAAAAAAAAAUUAGAUUAACCUAACCAUUAUUAAUCCCAGCAUUUGAUCAAAUUGACCCAUCGUGUAUGCUACUUUUAAAUUAAGCAAUUGGGAAUUAUUUGUGCAUUACUUAUAUAUUUGUAUCUGUUUAUGAAUUUGGACAAUGUCAAUUUCUGUAUAAUCUGAUUAUUGUAUCAGAUGUCUUUUGACAUCGACAAUUUCUAUAUGACCACUUAAGAGUUAAAUUCAAAUUUGUUUAUGGAUUUCUAUUUUUGAAAAGCUUCUUAACAAUUUUAUUUUCAAGUGCUAAAGAGUAACCAAAAACACCUGGGAAAUACUGGGUAAUUCAACUCGUAUUUAAUAUAGUUAAUCAAUUAAACUUUACAAUUUAACCGUUUUGUCAUUAGGGUUGAAGUGAAUUCAAGUAGAAGCAAUAUUAAGUUGACUUUAUAACUUUAUAACUGUGAAGAAAAAAACGUUUUCUAUGAAUGAAUUAUACUAUUUAUUUUCUUAAAAGAUAAUAAAUAAAUUAUAAUGUAUUAAACUUAAUAAAUUGUGUUUGGUUUUAGUUGGAAGACAAUACAUGUGCUGGUUGUUUGGUUAACAUUCCUAAUGUUAAACUUACUAAAUGUUGUGAUGAUGACCCUGUUAACGAAAUGUUACCAUGUUCUUCAUGUCAAUGCAGACCCAUGUGGUGUGUAGAUUGCAUGGCUAAAUGGUAAGUAUAUAUUUUAUACAUAAUCGAGUUGUACACAUUUAAAUUUGCAUGGAUUUUAGGUAUGAAUCGAGGCAACCUCAAAAUGACACAACUAUUUGGUUAUCAUCAAAAUGCACCUGUCCGCUUUGUCGUCAAGUGUUUUGCAUUCUUGACGUUUGUCCAUUGGAAAACUUUGACUUUAGAAAUACUGUUUAAGUAUUGAUUUUUCUUGACUAUAAUACUUCUAUCAUAAAUGUGUUUGUGUUACUCAUAAGUUAAUCAAUUAAAAAAAUUACUUUGUUUAAUGUGUUAAUAGUACAUAGCUAUACAAUUAUCUUUAUUAUUUUCUGAAGUUAUUUUUAACUAAAAUAUUUUAUUUUAAAGUGUUAGUAUAAUGUUUAUAAUAUAGAGUAUGCGAUUGAUUAAAACAAAAAAAGUAUACGUAAUGUUUUAGUUACAUAAUAAUGUGUCACAUUGUUACAUGGGUAUCAAAAACCCAUGUAAAAAAAAAGUUUUUCAGGAGAAACAUUCAAGUUGUUCGGUAAAAAAUAGUAUGCAAUACAAAAUUGUUAAGAUAUAUUGAUAUUGAAGUAUGUAUUUGGAAUGAAAUUGAACUGUUAUAUAAAAAUAUUUAAUCCAAAUAGAUGUUAACUUAAUAUUAUGGAGUAUUUGGUAAGAUUUUUAAAAAAAUAUGCAAGAUAUUAUUAAUUUACAAAUAAGAAGUUAGAUAAACAUUUAUUUUUCUGAUGCUGCAUAUUUUUUUUAGAUUUAUCAGUACUUGAAUCUUUAUUCUUCUCAACUGUUAUCAUUAUAAUAUAAAUUAUUUUAUAGCAUAUUAUUAUAUCUGAAUUUAUUCAGAUAUACCAAAAGAUAAUUUUGGUAUGUUUUGUACAUAAAUGGUUAUUCAAAAAUAAUAUUAUGCUCAUCAAGUAUUACGAUUUUGAAUUAAUAAUAUAAAAUAAAUAUAUGUAUUUACUAUUUGGUUAUAUAUUAUUGCAAAUAUUGUAUUAAAUAUCAUGUAAUUAGUGUAAUUCUUUGACUGAGAUUGGUGC